GUGCCGGAUGUGCGUCACCGGAAGCGCGGCCGCUGCUGAGGAGCGGAGCCGGGCGCUGAGUGCCGCGGCCGCUGCGUUCGGGUCCCGCUCGGAUCCCCCCCGCGGGCGCGAUGUCGAUGUCGCACCUCUACGGCACCGAUGGCGACGAUGGCGUGGAGAUGGAGAACUUCGAGGUGUCGGACUGGGACCUGCAGAACGAGUUCAACCCCCACCGGCAGCGCCACCGGCAGAGCAAAGAGGAGGCCACGUACGGCGUGUGGGCCGAGCGCGACUCGGACGAGGAGCGGCCCAGCUUCGACGGCAAGCGCUCCAGGGACUACUCAGCCCCCGUGAACUUCAUCAGCGCCGGGAUGAAAAAGUCAGCAGCUGAGGAGCUGUCAGAGGACGACUCUGAUGACGAUGAAAAGCCCAUUAAGCAGGAGGAAAUCCCCAAAGAGUUCGUGCCAAAGAAGCUAAAAACAGGUGGUAAUUUCAAACCUAGCCAGAAAGGUUUCGUAGGGGGGACAAAGUCUUUCAUGGAUUUUGGCAGCUGGGAGAGACACACGAAGGGAAUUGGGCAGAAGCUUCUGCAGAAGAUGGGCUACGUCCCUGGGAGAGGCCUCGGGAAGAAUGCUCAAGGCAUUAUCAAUCCCAUUGAGGCCAAACAGAGGAAAGGCAAAGGAGCUGUGGGGGCAUAUGGCUCUGAAAGAACCACCCAGUCUUUGCAGGACUUCCCUGUUGUGGACUCUGAAGAAGAAGCUGAGGAGGAAUUCCAAAAAGAGCUUAGUCAGUGGAGGAAGGAUCCUAAUGGAGGCAAGAAAAAACCCAAAUACAGCUACAAGACAGUGGAAGAACUGAAAGCCAGGGGCAGGAUCCACAAGAAGCUUUCAGCGCCUCAGAAGGAGCUGUCUCAAGUCAAGGUUAUUGACAUGACGGGCCGGGAGCAGAAGGUUUAUUACAGCUACAGCCAGAUCAGCCACAAACACAACAUCCCUGACGACAGCCCGCAGCAGCCGCUGGGCAAAGACUCCAAGCCCCAGGGCUUUGCCUUGCCUGAGCUGGAGCACAACCUGCAGCUUCUCAUCGACAUCACGGAGCAGGAGAUCAUCCAGAACGACCGGCAGCUGCAGUACGAGAGGGACAUGGUCAUCAACCUGAGCCACGAGAUACAGAAGAUGUCUGAGGUGCUGUCGCACGAGGAGACGGCCAUCAGCAACCUCAGCAGGGUGCUGGAGAUGGUGGAGGAGUGUGAGAGACGGAUGCAGCCCAGCUGUGAAAACCCCUUAACCUUGGAUGAGUGUGCAAAGAUCUUUGAGACCCUUCAGGACAAGUACUAUGAGGAGUACAGGAUGUCUGACAGGGUGGACCUGGCAGUAGCCAUAGUCUAUCCCCUCAUGAAAGAUUACUUCAAGAACUGGGAUCCCCUCAAGGACUGUACCUAUGGCACAGAGAUCAUAGCCAAGUGGAAGAGCCUUCUGGAAAACGACCAGCUGUUGUCACACAGUGGGCAGGACCUGACAACAGAUGCUUUUCACAGGCUGAUGUGGGAAAUCUGGAUGCCAUAUGUCAGAAACAUAGUGGCCCAGUGGCAACCCAGGAACUGUGGAUCCAUGGUGGAUUUCUUGGAUAGCUGGGUCAGUGUGGUUCCUGUCUGGAUACUGGAUAACAUUCUGGAUCAGCUCAUCUUCCCCAAGCUCCAGAAGGAGGUGGAAAGCUGGAAUCCUUUGACAGACACAGUCCCCAUCCACUCGUGGAUCCACCCCUGGCUGCCCCUGAUGCAGGCGCGUCUGGAGCCGCUCUAUUCCCCCAUCCGCAACAAGCUGGCGAACGCCCUGCAGAAGUGGCACCCCAGCGACUCCUCUGCCAAACACAUCCUUCAGCCCUGGAAAGAUGUGUUCACACCUGGCUCCUGGGAGGCUUUCAUGGUCAAAAACAUCGUGCCUAAACUAGGGAUGUGUUUGAACGAGCUCAUCAUAAACCCUCACCAGCAGCACAUGGAUGCCUUCUACUGGGUGAUAGACUGGGAGGGGAUGAUUUCUGUCUCCAGUCUUGUUGGGCUGCUGGAGAAACACUUCUUCCCCAAGUGGCUGCAGGUGCUGUGCUCUUGGCUUAGUAACAGCCCCAAUUAUGAAGAGAUCACAAAGUGGUACUUGGGCUGGAAGUCCAUGUUCUCAGACCAAGUGCUCGCACAUCCCUCAAUCAAGGACAAAUUUAACGAGGCUCUGGACAUCAUGAACCGAGCUGUCUCCUCCAGUGUCGGGGGGUACAUGCAGCCGGGCGCGCGGGAGAACAUCGCGUACCUCACGCACACGGAGCGCAGGAAGGACUUCCAGUACGAGGCCAUGCAGGAGCGGCGCGAGGCCGAGAACAUGGCCCAGCGCGGCAUCGGCGCCGCCGCCAGUGCCGUGCCCAUGAACUUCAAGGACCUCAUUCAGACCAAAGCCGAGGAGCACAACAUCGUCUUCAUGCCCGUGAUCGGCAAGCGGCACGAAGGGAAGCAGCUGUACACCUUCGGCCGGAUCGUCAUCUACAUCGACCGCGGCGUCGUGUUCGUGCAGGGGGAGAAGACCUGGGUGCCCACCUCCCUGCAGAGCCUCAUCGACAUGGCCAAGUGAGGCCUCUGUCUUGCCCCACCAGCACCAGCUCACUGGGGGUUUUGGUGUAACUGCCUUAGAAUAAAGAAGUUCCAGGUUUGUAGAGCACGGAGCCGUCGCUGCAGGCCAGGACAUUUUCCUUAUGGCUGCUGAGGCAGGACCAAGAGACACGGUGACCUGAGGAGCUGGUGCUAAGGGAGGAACAAGCAGUUGCAUCACUUCUCUAGUUGCCACCCGUGAGAGGUUUGGCAGCAGCUUAGAAGGGACGUGGGAGGGGGUUCCCUGCUCCAGCAGAUGAGUGAGGACUGGUCGAGCCACGUCCUGAGGGUCUGCAACUACAGAGCUGUCACAGCUACUCCUCACCUGCUGCACUGCUCUGUCCCUUAGGCAGUGGCCUCCUCUACCACCCAGGGCUGGGACACGUCCCACCUCCCAGGGGGAGCCUGCCCACAGGCCAUCAGCUGCUUCAGGUGCCCUCUCAGCCCCAUCCAUGCACAGCUGGAAGGAGAAGGACUUUUUCCAGCAAACUCAUGGACCGUGUGCUCUGGGGUGCAGCAGAUCAGGGGGCAGCAGUGAGGGACAGGUGACCUGAUUCUUCACAGCAGAGCUGAUAAAAGCAAGAGCUGAGUAGCAUUGAGCAGGGGAAGGCUCCUUUCUGGAAGCCUGCAUGCUGAAUGAGACAUGGACCUAAGAGCAACCAUUGUGCAGAACAGAAGGUUUAAAAGAGAGGUUUUGGUGAAAUUCAGUGGCUGUGAGCAUGAGUCAAAGCACAGCUUUGCCUUUAUUAAAUAAUUAACAUACAAAAACGUCCUGUCAUGCUCAGGGGUCAGCUGCAGCCACUGGGGCUGGAGCACCAGGACACAGAGGCAGCCUCGAGGGCCACUCAGGACGCGGCAGCAGCAGCACUGCCCUCAGCUCUGUCCUUCCUGAUGAUCUCCAGGUCCUCACAGUGUUGGUAGGUGGGCUCCUCCACGCAAUCCCAGACCUCGGGGGCAAGGCCCUGCAGCUUUUGCAAGGGAAACCAGUGGAUGGAGGUGUCAUUGAAGGUGUCCAGGUAGCGAGGGUGGGAAGGCAGCGCCACUUCCUCUGUCCCUUUCAAAACCUUAAGAGCAUGGGGGGAAAAGUUUUGGAUGACACUGAAAAACCCACCUGCAAAGCUCAGUUACAAGUCAGUGAGGAGGAGGAGGGUGGUGUGUUUCAGCCAGACCCCUGGGUGCAGCGUGAAUGAUCCCAAAGCAAUUCCUUUUUAUAGUGCAGCAGCCAGAGAAAAGGGUUUAAAAAGCUCAUCUCCCUCUUCUUUCCCACUGCAACUAAUUGAACAUUAAAAGGUGCUUUGUUGACACAAA